AUGGAACCUUACGAGAUGAUGGAACCUUAUGAGAUAAUAGAACCCUACGAGAUAAUGGAAUCCUAUGGGAUGAUAGAAAAUGAUUUUGAUGAUUAUCUUGGUGAUUUUAACCAUGAAGUUGCAGAAAGUUCAGGAACCUCGACGGAAACCUUUUCAUCAACAACUAUUAGAUCUAAUAUUCAGACGAGUUCUGAUUUUCCUACCCCUUCAAAAAGCAAAAAUAAAGGUGAUAAAAUUA